CUAAACUGAUUAAGCCAAAAGCAAUGUUUUGGGUUUUGGCUCUGUUGAGCAGCUUCAUUGUUCUUAGUGGUGAUGUGAUAGUUCUUUCAGAGGGAGCUUCUUCAAGGCCACACCAUAUUAACGUUGGAGCAAUCUUCAGUCUAAGCACUUUAUACGGUCAAGUCGCAGAUAUCGCCAUGAAAGCUGCAGAGGAUGACGUCAACUCCGAUCCCACCUUCCUUAAUGGAUCUAAACUGCGUAUACUAAUGUAUGACGCCAAGCGCAACGGCUUCCUCAGCAUCAUGAAAGCAUUGCAAUUUAUGGAGACUGAUUCUGUAGCUAUCAUCGGUCCACAGACAUCAAUCAUGGCUCACGUACUCUCUUACCUCGGCAACGAGCUAAACGUCCCCAUGUGUUCAUUCACAGCGUUAGACCCAACUCUCUCCCCUCUCCAGUUCCCUUUCUUCGUCCAAACAGCCCCCAGCGACCUCUUCCUGAUGCGCGCCGUCGCGGAGAUGAUCACCUACUACGGCUGGUCUGAUGUCAUUGCGCUCUACAACGACGACGACAACAGCAGGAACGGUGUAACAUCCUUGGGAGACGAGCUAGAAGGGAGGCGAUGCAAGAUCUCUUACAAGGCCGUGCUUCCUCUAGACGUGGUGAUCGGGAGUCCACGCGAGAUCGUCGAUGAGCUGGUUAAGAUUCAGGGGAUGGAGUCACGCGUGAUUAUUGUCAACACGUUUCCUAAAACGGGUAGGAUGAUUUUUAAGGAGGCCAAGAGGCUUGGGAUGAUGGGGAGAGGGUAUGUGUGGAUCGCCACGACUUGGAUGACUUCUCUGUUGGAUUCGGCUAACCCUUUGUCUCUUCCCAAGGUGGCUAAGUCUCUUACAGGAGUACUGACGCUUCGCAUCCACACUCCAGAGUCGAGAAAGAAGAGAGACUUCGCAGCGCGGUGGAAGAAGCUGAGCAAUGGGACUGUUGGGUUAAAUGUUUAUGGACUCUAUGCGUAUGACACGGUCUGGAUCAUCGCUAGAGCUGUCAAGAGUCUUCUUGACAGCGGAGCGAACAUCUCCUUCUCCAGCGACUCGAGGCUAAACCACUUGAAGGGAGGGACGUUGAAUCUAGCUGCAUUGAGCAUGUUUGAUCAAGGACAGCAGUUUCUUGAUUAUAUAGUGGAGACAAAGAUGUCGGGUGUUACAGGUCCGGUAGAGUUUCUCCCGGACAGAUCGAUGAUUCAGCCAGCGUACGACAUUAUUAACGUGGUCGGCGACGGGUUGAGGCAGAUAGGGUACUGGUCUAACCACUCUGGGCUCUCUGUUAUACCUCCCGAGCUACUAUUCAGCAAGCCUUCGAACCGUUCGAGCUCAAACCAGCAUCUGAAGAAUGUGACUUGGCCUGGUGGAGGUUCUGUUACGCCGCGUGGAUGGGUGUUUCCUGACAACGGGAGGAGGUUGAGGAUCGGUGUGCCUAAUAGAGCGAGCUUUAAGGACUUUGUGUCAAAGGUCAAUGGUAGCAACCAGAUAGAUGGGUACUCCAUUAAUGUCUUUGAAGCUGCGGUAAAACUGCUUUCUUAUCCGGUUCCUCAUGAGUUUGUCCUCUUUGGAGACGGUCUCAAGAACCCAAACUACAAUGAUCUUGUCAACAAUCUCACUACAGGGGUGUUUGAUGCUGUGGUGGGAGACAUAGCGAUUGUUACGAAGCGGACAAGGAUUGUGGAUUUCACUCAGCCAUAUAUAGAAUCAGGGCUUGUGGUGGUUGCUCCUGUUACAAAGCUAAAUGAUACUCCUUGGGCGUUCUUACGGCCUUUUACUCCUCCAAUGUGGGCUGUUACAGCAGCUUUUUUCCUCAUCGUUGGAUCAGUGAUAUGGAUUCUUGAACAUAGGAUCAACGAUGAGUUCCGUGGACCUCCAAGGAGACAAAUUGUUACUAUACUCUGGUUCAGCUUCUCAACGAUGUUUUUCUCCCACAGAGAGAAUACAGUGAGCACACUCGGCCGUAUCGUGUUGCUCAUCUGGCUUUUUGUGGUUCUGAUCAUCACCUCAAGCUACACAGCUAGUCUCACAUCCAUUCUCACAGUUCAACAGCUCAACUCACCGAUCAAAGGAGUAGACACACUCAUAAGCAGCAGCGGACGCGUUGGGUUUCAGGUAGGUUCUUAUGCUGAAAACUACAUGAUCGAUGAGCUUAACAUCGCCAGAUCAAGACUAGUGGCACUAGGCUCUCCAAAAGAAUACGCUACAGCUCUUCAAAACGGGACUGUCGCUGCGAUUGUGGAUGAACGCCCUUAUGUUGACCUCUUCCUCUCGGAGUUCUGUGGGUUUGCCAUUAGAGGCCAAGAGUUCACAAGAAGCGGCUGGGGGUUUGCAUUCCCAAGAGACUCUCCGUUAGCAGUUGACAUGUCAACGGCCAUCUUAGGUCUAUCGGAAGCAGGGAAGCUUCAGAAGAUACAUGACAAGUGGCUUUCAAAGUCCAACUGUAGUAACGUGAACGGUUCAGCGUCAGAUGAUGAUCCAGAACAGCUUAAGCUCCGUAGCUUCUGGGGGUUGUUCCUCCUGUGUGGGAUUGCUUGUUUCAUCGCUCUCUUUAUCUACUUCUUCAUGAUAGUCCGUGACUUUUGUAACCACCACAAGAAGCCUGAGGAAGAAGAAGCUACGGUUCCUUCACCAGAAGUGUCACGUUCUAAAACACUGCAGACGUUUCUAGCUUAUUUCGAUGAAAAGGAAGCCGAGUCCAGCAGAAGGUUGAAACGUAAACGGAACGAUGAUCUUUCAUUAAAGUCUUCUUGACCAAUGUGACAGAUAUAAUCAUCAUAUGCAGACAACAUACCUCAUACGUUUAGUAGUAAGGACAGGGGAUUUUGACAAAAGUAUAUGGAACAUUUUAACACUAUAUGUAUAUAUUAGUGCAUAACCAUAAAGUCUAUAUAUGUUAAUGGCAAUGCAUAACAUAAAGUUGCAAGACAAAGCUUAAGCUGUAUUGCAUAAUCUUAUAGAAGAAAAACUUUGCAUCUCCC